GUGAUGCGCGCGCGCAUAAAACCGCGAUGCAACGGCGGCCGCGACACAAUCGCACCACGCACACCACGCAAACGUCGAGAAUGCGUGCCUUACUAGCGACGUUGGCCGUCCUAGCGGUCGCCACCACCGCGGUGCAAUCGGACAGCAGAGCGCGCGUAGUAUGUUACUUCAGCAAUUGGGCGGUGUACCGUCCUGGCGUGGGUCGGUACGGCAUCGAGGACAUCCCAGUGGACAUGUGCACACACCUCAUCUACUCCUUCAUCGGCGUCACUGAGAGUAGCAACGAAGUGCUUGUCAUUGAUCCUGAGUUGGACGUGGACAAGAACGGCUUCCGUAACUUCACCUCCCUGCGAUCCUCCCACCCUGGCGUCAAGUUCAUGGUUGCUGUCGGCGGCUGGGCCGAGGGCGGCUCCAAGUACUCCCACAUGGUAGCUCAGAAGAGCUCCAGGAUGGCAUUCGUUAGAAGCGUUGUUGAUUUCCUCAAAAAGUACGACUUCGACGGAUUGGACCUGGACUGGGAGUACCCUGGGGCGGCCGACCGCGGUGGCUCCUUCUCCGACAAGGACCGGUUCUUAUUCCUAGUCCAAGAGCUGAAGAGAGCGUUCAUCAGGGCUGGCCGUGGCUGGGAGUUGACUGCUGCCGUGCCACUCGCUAAUUUCAGACUCAUGGAGGGCUACCACGUACCCGAUCUAUGCCAGGAAUUGGACGCUAUCCACGUGAUGUCGUAUGAUUUGCGCGGCAACUGGGCUGGAUUCGCUGAUGUGCACUCGCCUUUAUACAAACGCCCUCAUGACCAGUGGGCCUAUGAAAAACUCAACGUGAAUGAUGGGCUGAAGCUAUGGGAAGAUAAGGGCUGUCCGUCCAACAAGCUAGUGGUGGGCGUUCCCUUCUACGGCAGAUCCUUCACUCUGUCUGCCGGGAACAACAACUACAACCUGGGCACUUACAUCAACAAGGAGGCCGGCGGCGGCGACCCGGCGCCCUACACCAACGCCACAGGAUUCUGGGCUUACUAUGAGAUUUGCACAGAAGUAGACAAGGAAGGCUCUGGCUGGACCAAGAAAUGGGACGAGCACGGCAAAUGUCCCUACGCUUACAAGGGCACCCAGUGGGUCGGCUACGAGGACCCUAAGAGCAUUGAGAUCAAGAUGGAUUGGAUCAAACAGAAGGGCUAUCUCGGUGCGAUGACCUGGGCCAUCGACAUGGAUGACUUCCAAGGUCUUUGUGGAGAAAAGAACCCAUUGAUCAAGCUGCUUCAUAAACACAUGAGUUCUUACUCUGUACCUGCUCCAACCACUGGGAACACUACUCCUACUCCUGAAUGGGCUCGACCCCCAUCGACGCCUUCAGAUCCAGCAGAAGGCGACCCAAUCCUUACCACCACUACUACAACAACAAAGCCCACCACAUCGGCUUCCACCAAAGUCACCACCAAAGCCCCCACCACCACAACAACCAGGCUACCAACAACCGCCGCUCCAAUCGACAACUCUGACGAGAAUGACAUACAAGUGAGACCAACCAAGAAACCUGAGCCAGUGGAAAUUCCAGCGGAAAACGAGGUCGAACACGAGGACGUAUGUAAAAGCGAAGCAGAUUACAUUCCCGAUAAGAAACGAUGCGAUAAGUACUGGCGGUGUGUCAACGGCGAGGGUGUCCAGUUCACGUGCCAGCCCGGGACAGUGUUCAAUGAGAAGCUGAACGUUUGCGACUGGCCUGAAAACGCUAAGCGAUUGGACUGUGAAAAAUAAAUCGCAGGACUAAACGCUCAUGAAUAGGAAGUUUCGUUGUCAAAAUUGUUUACGCUAUUAAUUUUUAACCUCUAUGCAUAGAGAGGGUGUAUAUAAGUUUGUCUCUGUAUUUGUUAUGAGUGUCUGUGUCAUCGUAUCUCCCAGAAGAAUGAACCUAAAUUGUCGAUUUGUGUGACACUCGAGAGUGUUCUUCAGCCAUGACCAUGAUCUAUAUGUUCCGUCGUUUGAAGAUCAUCAGCUCUUAUCUAGUUUAUGAAUAGUUAUUACUAUUAUAUAGUUUAUUUUUCAUACUGCCUUAAUUUUCACUGCCUACGUUUUAAAUGGCGUUCACAACUUUGAUAAUUUGUAAUUUUAAGUUUAUUUUGUUUAUUAAUAUUGUCGUGUUUUGUUUUAUUCAACAUAAUACGCCAAUGUUUGUUAAUUUAAUAGAUUAGAUGUUUUUCCGUUGUAAAUAUCAAUGUCUUAAUUACGAUUACAAUUGAAUGCUUUUUGAAGUUUAGAUAUUCACUUAUAAGUAAAUGUAAAAAAUUCUACCGCCUCAAAUUUUUACUUCUAAGCAUGUGAUUGGUCAUGUACAAGACUGUAAAAUAAGAAAUGAAUUAAGUACUUUAUUUGCUUAUUUUUAAGAUAAAAUGUGAAAUUUAGUUGACAUUCCACUAAACGAUUGCGUGGUAUAAUAGAAUAAUUUAUUUAUUUAAAAUAAAAUUAUUUGAAAAUUAAA